AGUUUACUUCAUGCUAAACCAUCGGCUAGAGUAAACACUGCUGUGCACGUCGGAGGUGUUUACGCCACAGACAAGCGUCGAAGAGUUGAACUUUACAGUGAAGAGGUUUCAAAUAAACAGCUGUAUCAUCUGUAUAUUAAGUGCACUGAUAAUAGGAAGUCUGUGAAACAUUCCUCUUCGUUUGAAUCCAUUCGGCUAAGUCUCUUGUCGUUGGGAGUGUCAGCACAUUUGUCUUCCGUUCUUUGAGACAGCACUGCUCAGGUUUUUUUAUUUAAUGACCGCAUGAGAAAAUAAACCAACUGACAUUCCGCUUCUAUCUUAACAUGAAACGUGUCAAAAGUGUCACUUGAAAGAGAAAAAAAUUGCUAGCCAUCUAAGUAAUACUAUGUAAUACUCAUUUAAGUGAAAGUCCGAAUAAUUUUUUUUAAUCGUUUUAUUUUCAUCAGAUUUUAAUGUGGUUAUUUGCCGUUACACUGAUUUGCAUAGGUCAACGUUCUGCAAGUGCAAGUAAGUAUCAAUAUCAAGGUACUUUUAGGAUCCAAAUGGCUAUUCUUUGAGAGUGUGCUAACCUUAGUGUGUGUCGGCAUACAAUUUGCACUGCACAACGGGAGGAAAAAAAAGUCACCUCAAACCAACUAAACAACGGUGUAAUAUAACUUUUAUGAACGUAAGAGAUAAUGAGAUUGUAGGUAAAUACACUUUACAAAUAAACUUUAAGGUGUAUUACGUGUGAGAUCUUGCGUGCAAGACAUUAACUAAAGGAAGUAUAACCUUGAUGUGAAAAAAUAGAAUACAGUGAUGAAGCACCAAUAAUGGGAUUAAGCAUUCAGGCUAAAGAACUCAGUUUUAAUUAAAGCCGUCAUUGUACGUGCGGUAUUGCGUUGAAACGUGGUCUGAAACGUUUGUUUACUCUUAAAACCAAAGAAAAACACGAUUUUUUGAGUCGAUAAUUUGUAAUACACCCGAAUUUCUCAUUUCAUGUUUGAGCUAUGUUUGUUUACAGCCAUAUUUUAUCGCAUCGUAUCGUUCAUUUAAGAGCCAAUGUCUGUAAUUUUCGAGAAUCGGUUGACAGUCGUGAAUUUUUGAAUUUCUUCAUAUUUUGCUCAAAUAAUCUCUAUAGUACACUAAUUUCAAAAAUCACGUUAAAACUUGUAUCAGCUUUUUAUUUUUUCAGGAAUCAGGCAAAGUUUGAAAAACUCUAAAUCGGCGCUCUUUCGAGUAUGAAAUUAGCGAAAAUGGAGCAUUUUCUUCGCGCUCGUACAUAAAAACGGAAUAAUAUCUCUAGAUGAAAUCAAGUCACAAAACAGACACAUAUUUUUACUUUAUAAUUCAGCAGUUAACUUUAAAUAAACCGUUUAAAUGUGACUGUACCGGCCCCAAGAAGAAACACGGUUUCAGCACUUUUCAAAAAUGGCAAAUUUGACCUAACUUCACCAUCGUAAAAACCCUGUUGGUACAUGGAAUUUCACUAUGAAACAAGAACUGUAUUAAAGCAUAUCCUUUGCUGUUGUUUGUGUUAAAAUGUUUCUGGCGGCAUUCCAAAUGCGCACCGUCGAGAGACCAAAACCUGAAGGGUAUUUUGACACCAGGAAAGCGCGUGCAACAAGCAAGUUUCAACGCUUGGAAUAUUAAUCCUUCGCAAACCUGAGUUACUUCGACAUUUAAAUCCUAGUCAGAGUUGUAACAGUUUCAGAUUAUAUUUCGGCGUUUCUGUUCGGUUUAACAUGAUUCCUUUCAACUGAUUUUUGCGAUAAACCAUAAUGAAGAGACGAAUACGCAGUUCAAACCACAGUUAGCAGAGGGGAAUAUUGUCGAAAUACUCGCUUGCUAUAGUUUUAAUCGUAUUGAAACCUUAAUAUCAGAAAAGUUAUUUACUUACCUGAAUUUAAAUGCUAGACGUGGUCACAGUACCGCUAACUAAAUUCUGCAUCACGGCAGAAUCGAAGUUAAGUUUGUAUAUGUUUUCAAUCUGUCAACACGAGGGAAGAUGACAUUCCGGAAGUGCGUGACGCGUAACGCGCCGGAAAAGAAAUUCCUGGUAUAAGUGUUUUACGGGGCAAGUCUUUGUUGUAUGUUCGUAUAGAAUCGCGCACAUAUUCAAACUUGGUUUGUGGCGCCUGUGGCCCCAGUAAUGCUGAAUGUAUUGCGAUCAUAGAAAAGAUGUCGUGAGUCACUUGGUAUGCUCCUGACUUGUUAGUCACGUGAGUAUGUAGGGCAAUAACCAAACACCGACCCGACCAUGCUAAUGAUAAAAGUAAGGUUUUCUGCAUUUACGUUAGGUGAUCUUUGUUUGAUCCACAAAAUUGGCGCAUGAAAAUAUGAGUUUUUCCUCACCACCUCUAAAUGUUUGGUUCCGGGUAGCGGUGCAACAAAUCACUUGGUACCGUUCUAGAUCAACCUACUGGCUGCUCAUAGAGGGGUCCAUAAAGGCACAUUGAUUGAUGACUCUGUAUGGCCUGAACUGAAAAUGAUAUACGCAGACGUUUUCUGAGCGACGAAUGUGCGGCUUUUACACUCCUCUUUCGUUUGGAAAAUAGACGAGCGCGCGAGAGAGCCCCUUGCUCUACUGGUCAAUAAAUCCCCCGCGGCUUUUAUUUUCAUACGCAAAAUCGACGAUCUCCAAAGAGAAAAUAGAUCGACGAUCUCUAAUGAAAAAGUAGAGGGUCUGUGAACAGGCUACGAAGGUGCUUGCUAUUAUUUUAGUGAACUUUACAAGAGGUCUCAGGUGAUUAUGCUAACGUCAUGAAAAGUCUACUUUAGGGAAGGAGGAGGAGAUGUGUGGGUUGGUUGGCAUUGGGUUUUCCAUUAGGAUCAACCCUACACAUACAACAAUUAAUGUCUUUAUCACUAUAUUUAGAGCUAGCAGACUUUGUUUGAUCCACAAAAUUGGCGCAUAAAAAUAAAAGUUUUUCCUCACCACCGCUAAAUGUUUGGUUCCAGGUGGCGGAGAACAAAUCACGUUGUACCGUUUCAGAACAGCCUACUGGCCAUGCUGGCUGCUCAUUUAAAAAGGGGUCUGUAAAGGCACAUUAAUUGAUAACUCUGUGCGGCCUGAAGAAAAUUAUAUACGCAGACGUUUUCUGAGCGACGGAGGUGCUGCCUUUACACUUCUUUUUCUUUUCGAAAAUGGCCACGGACUUCUCGCCUCGCUCCUCGCCGCUAGGCGGUUGUUUUUGCCUGAGAGAUACCACCACGAAGUAGUUUUAGCACACAAGUCACUGCAGGUGCAGACCCAGGAAAAGGACAUUCUCCAUCUGAAAUUUUAAAUCGAAAUGAAAGGCUGUUUUCAGCCUUUUAUCUCUUUUCUCCGCAACGUAUUUGGUUGAAAGAUAGUAAGUAAAAUGGCUGAGGCACUUUAAAGCAUUUUUUCAUUUACGCGACGGACUUUGACGUUAAAGAAAAGAACUUGCCAGUGAAUUGGUUUAUUUUCUAGCCUGAACCAGGUGACUACUUUUUUUUUCAGGCGGGAGCUAACAGUACGUGCAUUCUGGUCUACCCCAUACUGUGUAGACCGGCCUUUAAGGGCCUCUCUUCGGGGGCCGAGCGAUCAGUACAAUUCGUCAGCAGCAGGUUGUGGUCUCGCCAGAAGUUGCCCUUGCUGAAGAGGAGCAAAGCAAUACUACUUUCAGUAAUUUAAACAUGUUAAAUACUUGUAUUUCGCUCAUCAAAUGUGUCCAUUGUCCAUUUUCGAUUUGUGGUUUUUCAGGAAUGUUCUCUUGAGGAGCAUUGGCCAAUUUUCUUUAAACAGUUUUACUCGUUUCCAUUUCCCUGCUCUACCUUCUUGCAUAUGGCAUACGUGUGUACCUAAAUCACUCAAUUCAUUAAAGAAGUCUAUACGCUAAGCGGGGUAAAGAUUAGUUUAUUACAAGCAAAGACACAGAAGGCUUAGUGCAAAUAAAAGAAAACUAGUGUGAAAAGUUUUGCAGACUAGGCUUACUCUAUUUGUUUUCUUUCUCUAUUUGAGUUUCGGCUGGUGACAUCCUAAAAUCAAGUUUAGUUCGACAUGUUUUGGGAAUAUGAAAUAUAAAACUAAAAAAAAAACAGUGUUAAUUGUACACUCGUGCGAUGAUUUAUCCUUGUCUGUACAGUUGCGUGACCAGACUCAAAUUACACACGGGCUUUCAUCACGCAUCACAGCGUUUAGUCCGAGGCUAAACGAGGGAAGAUUUCAGCAAACUGCGGCCACUUGCGGUUGAAACGACUGUUUUUAAGUACUUCUUAGAGAUGUCGAAUCCCAUUUAGAGCUAGCACGCCGUUUCUAGCGGCUUUAUUUUAGGUGCAGAAACUCGAGGUCAAUAUUUACAGUCCAUGAGAACUUAACAGCGUUGUCUUUUUCAGCUACUUGCGUGCAAUCAAAUGCAGUGUUAAUCUACUUAGUUCUUUUUUAUGACUAUCAAAUUGAAAAUCGUUUUUCAAAAGAUUUUUAGAGCUUCCCGUAAUGUGCCCCUUGUAAAACAAGCUAAAUUAGCAAAUACUUUUGUGUGCCUACACUCGCGGCUAGCUUGUUUUCAGCGUUCCAACGUGCGAAACUACGCUACACGUUUCGGUGUCUCAGCGACGAACUUUUGUAAUGCCGCCAAAAAUUUUUUAACUCAAGAAACGGCAAAGGAUAUGCUUUAAAAUAGUGUUUGUUUCAUGUUGAAGUUCCAUGUAUCAGUGGUUUUUUUCGAUGGUAAAGUUAGGUCAGAUUUGCCAUUUUUGAAAAGAGCCGAAAUCGUGUUUCUUCUUGCGGCCAACACAGUCACAUUUAAACAGCUUGUCUAAAGAUAAUUGCAGAAUUAUAAAGUACAAGUCUGUGUUUUCCUUGUGACUUGAUUUCAUUUAGAGAUAUCAUCCCGUUUUUAUGUACGAGCGCGAAGAAAAUGGUUAAUUUUCGCUAAUUUAAUACUGGAGAGAGCGCCGAUUUGGCGUUUUUCAAACUUUGCCCGAUUCAGGAAAAAAUAAAAAGCCGUUACAAGUUUGAAUGUGAUUUUUGAAAUAAGUGUACUACGGAGAUUAUGUGGGCAAAAUAUGAAGAAGUUCAAAAAUUCACGACUGUCAACCGAUUCUCGAAAAUUACAGACAUUGGCUCUUAAAAAGCUGAAAGUGAACGCAAGGAAAAAUAGGAGACGGUUAGGGAUAAUUUAGCAGCAUUACAAAGCACCCACGUCUUGGUUAUCAGCGUUUCCGUCGUAUAUACCUACGCAUACGCGAGUUUAAAGACAGCUUACAAGUAAAAAUUCAGUGGUUAUUACUUGGAUCCAAAUAAUAAUGUAUCUGUUGUUUUGUAGACAUGUAAUUGAGAAGCGUCUUGGCCUUGCUAAUCCAGAUACAAAUCUUAACGUCACGUUCAGCCUACUCUGCAAGCUCGUUUUAUUUUAGCUUUUGCAUCUGACUUUAGCUUUUAUCAUGCUACUCGGAGCCACCAUUACUCUAUACGAUUAGGUCCAUGGGGUGACUCUCAAAUAUAAGGUCUAUUUGUGUGAUAUUAUACUAACGUACAUAUUGUUUCUAAGCAUCAGAAUGUAGCAGCGAAUUUGGAAUGCAAGACAAAAGAAUCCCAGAUAAUGGUAUUACGUCAUCGUCUGAGCUAAGCGCCAAUCACGCACCUGCAUUUGCUCGGCUGGAUGGACCGAGAGCCUGGUGCUCAGCUCCGGGAGAUAAAUCACCGUAUAUACAAAUAACUUGGGACGACGAAAACCUUAUAACAGCGAUAACAACCCAGGGAAGUUCGCGCGAUUCUAGUUGGGCCAGAAAUUUUGAAGUUACAUACACGAGAGACGAAAAAUGGACAUCGUACGGAAAGGUAACUUCUUCUGAAAGCUACCAGUGAUGUUUUUACCAGCAUUAUAAAGUUACUGUCGACGUAACAAACAAAACCACUUUUUUUUUUCAUAAUGACUACUUUGUCAUUACCGUUCACAUUGAAGGGAACAAAACGCAAGCAAAUGGCGAAACGAUGUGAUGAUCACCAUCACGGUGUUGAUGCUUGCGGUUUAGAUUUCUGACAUCUCGUUGGCUCUUUUCGGAACGUAACAACAUUCUUUACAUAUAUCUUGUAUUCUGUUCCCGUGGAGCCUAAACUACUGCUGAGUUUAAACACACAAACCCAAAACUGAGAAAAUAUCGCGACCACGGGGUCACUUGUAAAUAUUUGAUGACGCAUUACAAAUACAUUCAUUAUUACAAGUUUUAUCGCUAUUAAAAACAAAGCUCCAUAAUUUUCUUUGCUAACAUAGCUAUUACUGAGCUAGGAAUAUAAACAUAGGCCUUUUUUUCUGUUUACAGCUACUUAAAGGUAAUCGAAACAGCAGAUCCUUGAAAAAGAAUGUCUUCAAGCCACCAAUUAGGACACGAUCAAUCAGGAUAUACCCAAAAGACCCGUUUAGGUUUUUGAUGGUUCCUGUGGUUCCUUGUCUUAGAUUGGAGCUCUAUGGAUGUUCUGCUCCAGGUAGGUAAAGAUGGCGAACUUCAAAACAGUGGCGUGGAUUAAGAAAUUGUGAAAUUCGUGUGCUAAAGGGCGCGAAUUCAAUUCAUCUGGUCAGCCGUCAGCGAUGAUGAUGGCCGCGUCUUUUGAAGCUGGCUAGUUGAGUGUUAUUUGUUGCUUUUUUUGUGUCUUUAAAUAAUUUAGUUUUUGGUUUAAGAGCUCCUGUUGGUGUCUUUUAUUUGACUAUGAUUUUUCCUUUCUAUUCGCAAUAAAUCAUCGAAAAUCCUGUUCAAAAAGGCACUUAAAAAAAUAAUUGACUUGUUUGCGUGUGUGUGUGCGUGCGUGCGUGCGUGUUUGUGUUUUAAUGAAUAACAAAGCUAUAAUAGAAUAAAGUCAAUCUUGUUAAAGGACCAUAAUUAGUUUCACUAUAAUGUGCCCUUCUCCAUUCUAAUUUUUUUUUCUUAUGUAGCACGCAGUUUAAACAACCUUGUACUAAUUAAUAUUGUACAACUAAUGUAUUAUCUAUAGGAUGGAGUAAAAAUAAAAUACAAAUACAAAUACAAGAAUUCAAGUCAGCUUUUGAAUGACGUGAUAAUUUCAGAAUUUUUGCCGAUUAUUUAGCCAUGAGUUAUGAUCUACACACACCACAAAUUCAAAGUGCAGAAUUAAAAAAACAAGAACAACAAAAUACAAAAGAAAAAACAAACCAAACCGAAACAAAAAAAUAAAUUAAUCAUAGGAUUUACUUGGUGCCGCUUGUGUUAAUCCCAGAAGCUUUCUGUUUGUGAUUCAGACUUACUGCUGUUGGUUACUAGACGCUAAUCAGCAGUUACUCUCAUCCAGACAGAAAGAGCAGCUGAGCUCUUCUUCUAUCGUCUUUUUUACUUAGGCCUAUCAAACUAUCGUGGGCAUGUUAUGACACUGAUAACGUGUUUACUUUUUUGACUUCUCGUUUCAUCUGUAGCAUCUUGUGAUCCACUACAAACCCUCAGGAAUGGAAAAAUACACAACAAUGGCAAUGAAAAUGGAGCAUUAGUCUCUUUUUCAUGUAACGAGGGAUUUACAUUGCAAGGUUUGAGGCAGAUCAAAUGUGUUCAAGGAAAAUGGAAUGGCAGUAUUCCAACUUGUGAAGGUUUGAGAUAUGACUAGACCACAGAGUUUUUGGUGAAAUAUUUCUUCUUCAAGGAAAUAUACGUAAACUGCAUAUUCUUCUUUUUUUAAAUAAAUAAAUAGAACAUUUUCGUUCUCUUUCUUGCCCAAAGGCAAUUGCAAGAAUCCAGAACCUUUUAAAAAUGGUUCAAUCAUCGGAGAGGAUUACAGUUCUGGAUCGUCCAUUCAAUUUCGAUGCAACGUUGGUUACGAACUGCUUGGGUCAGAAAUAAUAUCUUGCGUAAAAGGAACAUGGAAUGAGACUACGCCUGAAUGCAAACGUAAGUUGCCGGCAGAUAAGUAUUUUGUGGGUACAGCUUAAUGUAGCACAGUAACCCAGCACCCAGCCAUCACACAAGAUUGGUUAGUAAGCUAGGGGAUUUCUCGGUCUUCGAGAAUUCGGUCAACUGGUUCACUGAAAGUUUCGUAAAUCUGUUUUAAGGUAGUUUUUAAACUAAAAGGUUUAUAAUCGUUGCGAAAUUUGAGAAAAAUAGUUACGGAUCUUAUUAUUUCAAAAGUAGAUUGACUUUGAUCGUUCAAGUGAACGUAGUCCUGAAUAAGACUGUUGUUGUUGACAGUGACUGACGUUUCGACAACCUGUGCGGUAGUCAUCUUCAGAGUCAAAGUGAGUUGUACCACGUCAGUUGAUGGUAUUAUACUCUGGUUAUUGAUCCGUGAUUGGUCAAUUAAUUGGUCAGUUAAGCCUUGAUGUUAUUUGCUAUGAAGACUCGUAAUCAGUAAUUGGUGCGUUUCGAUCCGUCUAUUGUCACAGUUAAACAGUCGUCUAUUGUUAGUCAAAUUGUCAGUUCUCCAGUCGUUCUCUCGUAGUUAGUUUUGCUUGAUCUCGUCAAUAAGUCGUUUGUACGGCGCUGGUAACUGUUGGCUACGAUUCAGUGGCGUUUGUUCUAAGUUAGUAAACCAGCUUUCUAAAGUAAGACGUUGAUAGUAGUCUGUAGAAUACGUUAUCCAUGUCGCAGAGUCCCAGUCAAGUUGAUGUUUCGUCUUUAAAUGGUGUUCCAGAAUGUGAUUGUUGAUGUCACCAUUCCUCGUCGCGCGUUUGUGUUCGGUCAGUCAGUUAUCCAAGUUGUAGUCUUGAUAUCCCCCAGUCUUGAAUUUCUACUAUAGUUUAUCUGAUAUAUAAACGACAAAUAAAGGUUAAAAAAUUGACUUCCCUGAAAAUAUUACAGCUGUUGAAUGUGGUGAUCCUGGUAAACCAAAAAAUGGAGAGCAGAUUGUCAAGAAAGGCUACGUCUAUGGAGGAUCAGUCAAGUUUGUAUGUGACAACAAUUACACUCUAGUGGGGGCCGAUGUUAUAUAUUGUCAAGCUAAUAGGAGUUGGAGUUCCUCUGUUCCACGUUGCUUAGGUAAGUGCCAUGGGUAA